AUGCUUUCCUCCAGCCUUGCUCUCCUGCUCGCAACCACCGCUGUCUCUGCUACACCCCGUCCACGCGACGCCGCGGCGGAUGCUUGCUCGCAGAUUGCGGACGCGAUCUCAAGCUCGUCGGCCAUCUCAUACCCUGGCUCGGACAGCUUUGACGCGGACAUUGAGCACUGGGCGACGUCCAGCACUCAGCAAGCCACUUGCUCCGUUGAGCCUGGCACUGCUGAAGACGUUGGCGCGAUUCUGAAGGUUAUCGGCUCGACCAAGACUCCUUUCGCCGUCAAGGGUGGAGGUCACGCUACUAACCAGGGCUUCUCGUCCACUACUGGUGUCCAGAUCGCAAUGUCGCGCUUCAAGGACAUCAAGUUGAGCGACGAUAAGGCCUCGGUUGACGUUGGUGCGGGCAGCAUCUGGGAUGAGGUCUACCUUGCUCUCAACGGCACCGGCGUUAACGCUCCUGGUGGCCGUGUACCUGGCGUCGGUGUGGCCGGCUUCAGCUUGGGCGGUGGUUACACCUUCCAGACGAGCCAGUAUGGUCUCGCCAUUGACAACAUCGCGUCGUACGAGUUGGUUCUUCCGAACGGCACUGUCACUACCGUUUUCCCGGGAGAUGACCUAUACUUUGCUCUCCGUGGUGCCUUCAACAACUACGGCAUCGUCACGAAGUUCACAUUCAAGACACACCCACAGACUGACGUCUAUGGUGGUCUGAUCCAGGUCUCGGGCGAGUACUUUGACGAUGUGACGAAGGCGAUUGGCGCGUUCUCCAACAACAACACGGACACCAAGGCGUCCAUCCUCCCUGCGUACCAGUACAGCAACGGUACUGCUUACAGCACUAUCACCGUCUACUACGAUGCUCCCACCGCACCGGAAAACGCCUUCUUCGGUCUCCUCGACAUCCCGCGGACCAUCUCUGACAUCAAGACUCGCUCUUACUAUGACCUGCUCGAGGCUCAGCUGCCAAUUGCCCCCAUCGCACCUGGCGUCACAGCCAAGUACGCAAGCGUGAACGUGCUUCAAUACUCGCCGACGCUUCUUGAGACGUUCAAGGAGCUCGCUGUUUCCUACGGCGAGACGCUCGCUGCUAACGACUCCACCUUCUUGUCGUCGUUCUACGUUGAGCCCUUCGACGAGUCGCUCUUCAGCUACGGAACCGACUCCGCAUACCCUCCUGACCGUUCGCGCCCUCUCCGCCCGUCGAACAUCUUUUUCUCUUUCGCGGACAACUCAUUGUACGACUUCUUCCACGCCAAGCAGAACGAGGCUGCCGACAAGGUCCGCGCUGCCGCUGAUGCUGAGGGCCAGAACGUUGGCAAUGCAUUCCAGUACUCAAACUACGGCCUUGAGGAGGUGACCGCCGAGCAACUCUUCGGUGCCAACGUUCCCCGCCUGCAGGCAAUUCAGGCCGCCGUCGACCCUGAUGGUGUCAUGAAGCUCGCCGGCGGCUACAAAGUCUAA